AUGUCAGUGAUCGUGGAGGAGCACCACCGGAGAUGGCCGCGCUGGUAUACCGCCUCAGGGGCAGUCCGCGGCACACGGAAGCAUAUCGAGCCCCGGAUCCUCGUUGACUCGAGUCAUCGGGCUCAUCGAUUCGUUGAUGCCUGCACAUCGCCAUCUUACUGGUGUCCAGCUGGACUCAAGUCAAUCCGGAGCACGGCCAAAUACCAAUACGAAGCCGCACACAUAACUGAGAGCGAUACAAGGAAACAAACUGCGGUGAUGCCUGUGAUUCUCCAACGCGUCAAGUCAGGGAUCCCGCCCGUGUCCGAGCCGUCCGCUGGCGUCACGGUGCCCUUCCCCGGCGCCAGCAUCGUGGUUCUGUCCGAGCGCAUACGGAACGAUCGAAACCACCUGGUGCUCGGCAUCUCGCGUGCAGCGCGCGCACAGAAAUCGUCAGCAUCCUCAGCUGCAGAGCUCGGCAUCGCAUCAAGGCACUCUGGCAGAUGCCAACAGUCCGCGGACUUGUAUUACGAUCAACUGUCUUCGUGGCUUGCACCAUGCACGAGCACGCCUGCUGUCGUAUUGAACACGAGCAAGACAAAUGCAGCAUUCGCAUUCGCAGAGCGUCCAGGCUCUGCACACGCGCGUUCAUUGCUGCCUAAACCGGUAUUCCCUGGCGUCACCGUGGUCGUGGCGACGCGCUGGGAGCCAUCUCUCCACUGGGCUCUAAACCCAAUCAGCGUGUGCGCGCGGGCCGCACGGCGCGGGCUUCUCCUGUGUCAUAGGCCUGCGCUCGACGAAUCGCGCGCGCGAGGCCCAUACGCACCUCUCGCGCGAAGCCGAUCCGCGCCCAGGCGUUCCCACAGUCAAUCACCGGCGAAGCGUCGCCAGCAGCGUGGCUGGGAGGAACGCGGACGCACUAGGGGGCGGGUGACGACGCCGCCGCGGCGCAGGGUGCGGGAUGGGGCUUUGCGUCCGGCGGCGUGUGAGCGCCGGACGGGGCGUGCAGCCAGAACACAGGGAAUCCACGUAAUCGCAGACACAGGCGCGACUCACAGAGGCAGAGGGCUCGUGCGUCGUGCAUCACACGACGAAGGCAAAGGCAAGGGACCCGCAGGCGUGGUGACGCCCCCCAGCAGAGUGACGCGCGUCGCGCGGGCCCGUCACCAGCAUCGAGCCGCAAAUGGCAAGUCGGAGCCCGCCCGGAGCGCGGUCGCCUUCCUUCCUUCCGGACGCAUUGUCCGCCCGAGGGUGUUUCGCGUACAUCGCCUGCUCGCGCUGGCCGCGGACAUCUGCGGGCGCGUGGCAGGGAUCCUGCAGCCAACGGAAACGACGGCGGGGAGCAGCGCGCGAGGGCAAGAGCCGGGCGAUAAGAUACGGAGCGCCAGGUCCGGAGCACGCCAGGCCAUCCGGACGGGGGGCAUCCUUGGUGGCGGUGGGUUCCCGGAUAUGCUCGCUGCGUCCGGGAUCGGUCCCGCCUGCCAGAGCAGUAUUGCGCCCGCGCGAGGCUCGUCCGAAGAACUGCAAGAUGCUUAUGGCAGCCUAUUUUGCGUCCGACGCGCCACAAGCUGUUCGCCGCCAGAGAUAGCGCGGAAGAGCCCGCGCGCGGCUUGCGAGGCCCUCCUGGCUGCGCGAAGCGGGCCGACGCCCUGGCCCGUAUCGCACGGCCAGAGCUUCCCCGACUGGGCGUGCGAGGGCCCAGGGGGUGCGCGAAGCACCGCGCCAUUAGGCAAGAGAACAGAGUUGCACCGCGGCGAGGCAAUACCGCGUCCGAGGUGCUAUAUGCCCCGCGCGGCGCGUGUCGCCGAGGAGCGUCCUGCCGGCGUGUGCGCGCCGGGGACCGCGAUUAGAAUCCGCGCGCACCCCAUUCGCUGGCCGGCGCACCUGCCUCGUCCGCGGUGCGAGCGACGACGCCUGGUGGUGGGCACUGCGUCCAAUCCGCGGCGCGCGGGGAAACCGGUCGCCACGGCGUGGCCCUCGUCGAUGUGUCAUCCACGCAUGCUCCGUGGGGACUCGCCGCGCGUCUGCCAGCACGGGUCAGGCGGAAUAGACGGCAUGCGACGGGUGGCUCAAGGCGUGCACGGUGUGCUCAGACGAGUCAUGCGUGUGCUCACGGUGCGCCCGCGCAGCCAUCGUUGCGCUGCAUAUACGAUCGGGCCGUCGCAUGCGUUCUGUGUUCUGGCCAAGGAUCGGUUUGCCGCCGGCGCAGCCGCGGACGCAGAUUUCACCUCACGAUCAUUUCAUUUCGGGGGCUUCUGGCUGGACGGGGGCGGGCGAUGGCGUCGGAUAUCCUGCGAUGGGGCAAUAGGCACGCAGAUCAUCGUCACGUACCGUGCACGAUCGAUGCGAUAUGCGAUGAGAUCGCAACUAGCUGCGAGAUGCAUACGCACACUCGCUCGGGGUCAUACGGUGCCCACGACGCCCGCCCGCGGUCCGUGUCGGGCGCGGAUACAUGAGCAGGAGCGUGAUGCGAGCCAUCGGACGGUGCGCAGGGAGUGGGCUAUCUCACAACCUGAGGCUCCCAAACACGUCGGAACGCUUGUGACAACGCGUGGCGAGGACGCGUGGCGGGCCGCGAUGCGCGGGAGGAUCGUGGUGGCACGCUGCAGCGCAGGGCUCCCGAGGCGGCUGGAUAUCGUUAGCGUUGGCCCGAUCGCCGCGUGCGCGACGCGUCGCAAGUGCAAGCUGAUCGAGUGCAGAUGUCUGCACGCGGAAAGUGCCGAGGCGGGGCUAAGGACGGGCGCGCGGGGCGUUUGGUGCUAUCAGGGCAUCUCGACAGCAGGCGAUGGGGAGCAGGCGACGGUGCGCAGACAUGGGUCUCGGGUAUGGAUGGGCCGUGAUCGAGGCCUGCGAUGGGCGUCGGACGAGCCACUGGUACUGGUACUGUCAGCGCGGCGGGUGGGUGCUGCGGACGCGGCAUGUGACGACGGGGCGUGGAUGCGCAAGAAGAAUGGCCGGAUGGUAUCAGUGGAUGGGAUGGCAGCGGGGGCGGUGGGGAGGAACAUGGCGACGGGAGGAUGUGGGACGUUCCAUGCGUACGGUCGUCAGUCGGAGAUGAGAUGGACGGACGGUAGCGACGUUGCGGGCAGGAAGAAGACAGGGCGGGGCAUCGGAUCGGCACGCGUGCCGCCAUUGGCCAGCACGGCCAAAAGCCAAUCAGCGCGCGCGAGUGAUAGACGCGUCGAAGGCGCAUGUCGGGAAGAACCGCGGCGGGGAAAGAGAUCGCAGAUUCUCUGCGCGCGAUCGGCCUCGCAGAUAGGCACGGCAGGCAUGUGCUUCUCCGCAUGCGACCUGCCGCAUAAGGCCAAGUCGCGUCGCUUGCAGGGCAAAGCCCGGGGCUGGACCAGUGAAAAUAUUCGCAAGAACCGUCGCAUAGUGUCGCAUCCCUCGAGAUCCCGCUCGCUCACGGGCACAGGCGCGCGGCCCGGCGGGGACGCGCUGCGGGGCCGCCCCCGGAUAGGGGUUGGAAGGAGGAGGCCGAAAGCGGAAGAUGGGAUCGCAGGCGGGGAGGCGGCAAGCGAGAGAGCGCUCUGGACGCGCGCUGUGGCGGUCUGGGCUGGGCAGAACGCAAAGGCGGGCAGCGGUGAUUGGGCCGCUGAGGAGGAGGCCGGGGAGCCGAGCGAGAGACCCGGUGACUAUUGGGCCAAUGGUAUGCGGAUGACGUUUUUCGGUGGGACUGCCCGAUGCGGGAGGUGGGACGCGUGGGAGGGCCCGGGGCGGAAAUGCGGUGACCCUGAGCACACGCCGCUUCGGGCGAUGCGCGCCUCGCUCGCAGGAGAUCCUCGUCGCUGCCUGGCCUCGACGCCCACGCCCUCGGUCCGCACAACGCACAACCCCGCACUGUCCCACUCGUCUGCUGCCCUUGCGUUUGGGACCGCCAAACUCUAUUUCCCCACUAUAAGGUCCCCCGCGUCCACCCUCCCCCACACAACCAUGGACGACAUCUCCUUCGACACCACUUGGUGUCCUGUCUGCAGCAGGCAGAUCCUGCCCAAGCGUUACUAUGUCCCCAUCCAGCCCCAGCCUCACGCACCUGCCGUCCCUCCGAGCUCUCCUACCACAGACCCAAAAACCGAGGUCGACGUGCCCCCAGCGCGUCUUCCCCGCAACAAGACUGGCACCAUCCGUGCACGCGGUGGCGGCGGCCUCGUACACGGCACUGGUCGAGUGAAACCCAACGGCGCGCUCAAGCGCGACACUACGAUCAAGGAGCCUAAGAAGCGUGCCACCGAGACCACCCCUCUCGAGCCUUCGCUUGUGCGCCCCACCGGCCCUGUUCGCCACCGCACCGUUAUCGACCAAUCGCCUGUGCCACUCUACUGCUCAGACGAGUGCCGUCUCAAAGACUUGCAACACUCGCAGGGUGCCAUCGACAUCAACUACAACCCCGACCGAUGUGUCUCCCCUACCAUCCCUCCUGCCCCACAUAACUCCCUGUCUGACGUGUCCGAGAGCGACUCGGGCAGCGGCGCGUCAUUCGAAUCGCGCUCAUCCCUCAAUUCGUCUUCGCCCAUUGACUCGCCCUCGGCCCGUCUUCCGACGGGUUACGCCGCUCUCCGUCGUCUCUACCCCGACCUCCCUCCUGCCCCACCACCUGCGCCCGUCAUGCGCCGCGACACCAACAACUCUGACGUCGCCGUCGUCGAUGACUACACGUCGGGCGUCAUGAUGGCCGCGCGCCGCAUGAAGGCGCAGCUCGAGCAGGGCCCUCCUAAGAAGGACAUCUACGGCUCGCCCGAGCGCGUCGAGCGCAAGCCCAUUGCAGGUUGGACUGACGGCUCGCAUGCAUGGCGCGCCAGCGUGUACAACCUCACCACCCCUACUGAGCCGGGCAAGCCGGCUGACGAGGAGCGCAUCAAGGAUGCGUACAAGGGCUUUGUUGCGAGCUCGCACCGUGCACGCAGCGGCGUGUACUCUACCCUCAGUCCGACAACGCCGACUUUCGAGACUGCCUCCGCUUCGGUCCCCGUCCAUGCUACGGGAGCGCCCACAAUGGGCACUCGCUCUCACUCGGCAGCGGAGGGGUUGUACAACAAAUACCCGAUGUUUGCGCGCCGCUCCGAGUCGCGCACGUCGCUCAUGGGCAGCUCGGUGCCGACGUUGUCGACCUCGCCCACUGGCUCGACGCGUUCGUUGCCCCUGUCGACGUCGUCGCGGCGUAAGGAGUAUUCUCUCGUGAAGCCUGGCGCAGAGGGUCGUCUGCUUGUACCCGACGUGAAGAUGACGCGCAUUCCGUCCAAUCUCACCGUGUCCAGCUCGGCGAGCUCAAGUCUCAGCAGCUAUGUUGGUUACACAGGGUACUACGGUGCUGGGCGCAAGCGCAGUCCGUUGAGUCGUCAGAACAGCGAUGCAAGCAUGGAGAGUGCGGACAGCCGCGAGGAGGCAGACGAGACGCUGCGAUCGUCGCCUGUUGCCCGGAGGCCACAGAAUCGGUCGUGGAGCUACUCGGACGAAACGAUGAUGUUCCCGAUCCUGCGGAUACCGAAGAAGGAGAAGCGCAUUGAGCAGCGCAUAGUCGACGGCGAGCUGCGCGAUGUCGAGGUAGAGGUAGAGAUCGUCGAGCCGUUGAAGCGUCUGUUCCUCUUCCCCGGCAAGGACUCCUCGUGCUAG